CCCUUCUCCGCCCACCCUCCCGCCAGAGCGUGCAGAAAGGGAACCGCAGCCCGAGCGCGGCUGACGGCGCCGUGGGAGGCGGCCGUGGGUGUGUGCGUGUGUUUGAAGGACGCCACCUCUCGUUCCUGCGUUCGCAGGCGGUGACUGGCGGCGGGGCUUCUCGCUCCGGCAACGGUGGCGACCGCGGCGGCGGCUUCCGGAGUCCCGCCGCGAAGAUGCUCAAAGUCACGGUGCCCUCGUGCUCCGCCUCGUCCUGCUCUUCGGUCACCGCCAGUGUGGCCCCGGCGGCCGGGAGCCUCAUCCCGGAUUACUGGAUCGACGGCUCCAACAGGGAUGCUUUGAGCGAUUUCUUCGAGGUGGAGUCGGAGCUGGGACGGGGUGCUACAUCCAUUGUAUACAGAUGCAAACAGAAGGGGACCCAGAAGCCUUAUGCUCUCAAAGUGUUAAAGAAAACAGUGGACAAAAAAAUCGUAAGAACUGAAAUAGGAGUUCUUCUUCGCCUCUCACAUCCAAACAUUAUAAAACUUAAAGAGAUAUUUGAAACCCCUACAGAAAUCAGUCUGGUCCUAGAACUCGUCACAGGGGGAGAGCUGUUUGACAGGAUUGUGGAAAAGGGAUAUUAUAGUGAACGAGAUGCUGCAGAUGCUGUCAAACAAAUCCUGGAGGCAGUUGCUUACCUACAUGAAAAUGGGAUUGUCCAUCGUGAUCUCAAACCAGAGAACCUUCUCUAUGCAACUCCAGCCCCAGAUGCACCACUCAAAAUUGCUGAUUUUGGGCUCUCUAAAAUCGUGGAACAUCAAGUGCUCAUGAAGACAGUAUGCGGAACCCCAGGGUACUGCGCACCUGAAAUUCUUAGAGGCUGUGCCUAUGGACCUGAGGUGGACAUGUGGUCUGUAGGAAUAAUCACCUACAUCUUACUUUGUGGAUUUGAACCAUUCUAUGAUGAAAGAGGCGAUCAGUUCAUGUUUAGGAGAAUUCUGAAUUGUGAAUAUUACUUUAUCUCCCCCUGGUGGGAUGAAGUAUCUCUAAAUGCCAAGGAUUUGGUCAGAAAAUUAAUUGUGUUGGAUCCUAAGAAAAGGCUGACUACCUUCCAAGCCCUCCAGCACCCGUGGGUCACAGGUAAAGCAGCCAAUUUUGUACACAUGGAUACAGCUCAAAAGAAGCUCCAAGAAUUCAAUGCCCGGCGCAAGCUCAAGGCAGCAGUAAAGGCCGUGGUGGCCUCUUCCCGGUUGGGAAGCGCCAGCAGCAGCCAUGGCAGCAUCCAGGAGAGCCAGAAGGCCAGCCGAGAGCCAUCUCCAACACAAGAUGGCAAUGAAGAUGUCAAAGCUAUUCCGGAAGGAGUGAAAAUUCAAGGAGAUGGGGCCCAAGUGGCAGUUGAGGGGGCAGAGGCUGAGCUGAUGAAGCAAUCAAUAUGAUGUAGCCACUGGAUACACUAUAGAACUCAGGAAAAAAAGAGAUGAAUCGUCUGCCUGCUCCUCAUGGUUGAUGUGAGUAGGAGGGAGACUUUACCGGAAUGGAAGAGGGAAAAGGUAAAAUGUAGAUGAGGAUUCCACAUUCCCACCUACCCAUUUUUCUUGAUUGCUCAGAGUUUGAAAGCAGUUGUUAACGGACUAAACUUAUCAUUUUAAAAUUCUCUCAAUAUCUGGGUCACCAGCUUCCCUUAGAAAUGAGUAAACCAAAGCCAGUAGCUAAUUUUCCUCCCAGAAUAAAAAACUAAACAGUGUAGUUUAGGGAAUAUUAGGCCUACAUCGCAAGCACACUUUAAGGAGAUGAUUUGGUGAUUCUGAAGCUUUCUAGGAGCAGCGCACGCCAGGGACCCAUUUUCUCAGUAAACUUUCAUUGAAAAACAAUUACGUACAAUGAAAGAGUCAGAGUUGAAUUAAACCCAUGCUACCCUCUAGGAUUGAGCUUUGUCGUUGGAGAGAAAAAACAAGUGUACAUAUAGCCUGUGCUAAAUCUUGGCAGGCAGUAAGCCCUCCAGGGAUGGAAAGCAGGAAAAGUUCCCCUUUGCUUGGAAUGAUCAAGGGGAGCUUCCUGGGAAUAUUAGCUAAAUAUAAAGGAUGGGGAGAACCUUUGCAGGUAGGGAGGAGGAAGGCAGAACAUUUGGCUGAGAAAUCUGCAGAGUGGAGGAAUGUGUUGAAGGAACAAUGCUGGGUGUGAAAGACUGAAAUCUGCAGGGAAGUGUUGCUAAGUCUGCAUAAGAGUAUCAGAUCUUGUGCAAAGUUGAAUUAGACUUCUUCACCCCUUUCUUACUCUGGGUAGACAUUUGUGCAGCAUUUCCUCAGAGCAUGUAGCCCUCUGUGAUCUCCUACAUACGUGGCUAAUCUGGUGUGUCCCCCAACAGAAUAAAAAUCACCCAACACAUCAAAGACAUUUUUGCAAGUCACCAGUUGAAAUAAAGCUUCAGUCACUAAAAGCAAAAACUGCACUGGCGAGAUCUCCACUGACAAAGCAGAGUAAAAGAAGAUAGUGAUUAUUUGAGUAACUUUGGCAAAACUCCAGUAUCCGAAUAACUCCCGGUGACUAGAAAAUCACCUAACUACUUGCUAAAGCUUUGCCAAUGGAGGCCACGUCAAGGUUACUUCUUUCACAGUUAUUUUAACCUUUUAAAUUAUCUGACCUGAAAGGGCAGUUCCCGCAGGAUCUAAGAUAGAAUUAUACCUGAAAGUUUAGACUUCAAAAGACAACCUGUGUUAAGCCUCAGACAAUGAAAUUUAAAAUCUUCGGAGCUGCCUUCCCCAAACUUCAAGCCGAUCCUGUGAAGUCCUUUCGUCUCCAUCUCUCCCUUUUGCCCCUUUAUACACCUUUCUAUAAUUUCCUUUUUAUAUCACUCAUUGCAGGCAGUAUUUUACAUCCAUCUUCAAGAAACUUUUAAAAACAUAAUCAUUACAGUAUAUAUACUUCUAGUUGUCUUGCCACUUUGCUUGUUUCAGAUAAUGUCUGUGAUUAGUAACUUGCUAUAUUAUUCGGGCAAAUGAAACGAAGAAAGGGACAACGGUUGACCAUCAUCUGAGUGAUGGAAGAGGAGUUAAGACGUGGAGAUACUGUAGGGGUACAGAAAACACAACUUGGCAGGCGUUGAGAAAGGAAUACUACUUACUAGGGUUUUCAGACUUAGGUGACAGUAUCUGGUAUGUCUUUUCUAGUUUUUCCUAGAGGAGAAAUCUGUACUGCUGCGUUGUCGAAAGUUUUCUGGACUAAAAGGACAUAAGCAGCUCAACGGCAGCUUGGAGGAUUAGAUAAUGGAAUACCACUCUAUACAGGAAACCUACAUCUCCAGUAGUUUAGACUGCAAAUCAUUAGCCAAAAACAACUGCAUGUAGGAUCUGGAGGGCAAAGACAAAGUGUAAAUACUGCAGUUUACACCGCCAAGAUCAUAGGCUGCCUUCCCAAUUUCUGAUUGAAAAGUACUGGAAAAGGAGCUGUGAACAUUUCAUUUUUAAAACCUGUCGAAAUGGUGCUAUUGACUCCUUAAUACAAAGAUAUAUUACAAUAUUUUUUAGGUAAACAUGUAAGUCUGACCUGGCCAUAAAUGUAAAUAUAGAGAAUGUUUACAGAGAAUUCAUCAAAAUCAUGCCCGUUUGCUUUUGACUGAGCUACCGUUUUGUUCGAUGGCACUGCUUCCAGCAUAUGGGACACAUCAGAGUCACUGGCUCUCAGCUGCCCAAAGCCUGGGGCAGACAACAUGACAGCCACAGACAACUGGCUUCUUCUUGGACUCAGGUUAGACAGCCCAAGUAAAUGAGUAAACAUGCUCAUUUUUUGGUGUUUCCCAGGAACAUAACGGAAGAAUAUGUGACAUGAGGCAAAAUGGAUGUUGGGAGACUGCUGAAAUUGACCUUAGUGAGGGCCAAUGUUGCUUUGUGUAAGUUCAUUCAGAUUUGUCAGAGCAUGCCAAAAGAAGCAUACACCUUACUGCUGGGAAACUUGUAAAGCAAUCUGCAUGUAUGAUAUGAUAAUAAAUCAUCUAAGAGCCCACCAA